GAGAAACAGACGACAGACCCGGCACCCGUUCGCGUUCGCUUUGCUGAUAUCAUACGCAGUGCUGCUCCCUCGAUCACAGCCCGAUUCGACCUUGUCUGUUCGCUGCUGGUCUUCACCCCACUGCCCCCCUUUUUUUGUCUUCCUCCCGAGGUUUAUCUAUCCGUUCGCCUGUAUCGGAUUCACAAUAAUUAUAGCAACCAGCCUGGCGUCUCUCCGACGAUCGUCGAGCGGAAUCGGAGGCGGAGAAGAGAAGGCCAAUUUGCAGCCAAGCAAAGUGGAUAAUAAUAAUGCUUCUGUCGUCACCAGCCCGGUGAUGGGUAGUGUCAGACAUUCUUCUGGCGCGGCCAGGGACGAUGGCCUGGGUUACGCCAGAAAGCGCAGCGCCGUGGCUGCAGGACUCGAUAGUUCUCCUGGAAGUAUCGAGGACACAGAAGAGGCAGAGGCCCGCGAAGAGAAAAAGAGACAACCGGUGAAGCGGGCCUGCAAUGAGUGUCGACAGCAGAAGCUUCGAUGCGACGUGAUUCAAGAUCCCUAUACCAAUUGUUCCCGUUGCCGUCGUCUAAAACUCGAGUGUAAAAUCGAAUCCAACUUCAAACGGAUUGGAAAACGCAGUCGCAAUGCCGAGAUGGAACGGGAGAUCAUUGAACUGCGGAAGCAGAUUGCCAAUGCUCAAGCGAAUGCUGCCACAUCUUCAAGUCAUCAGCAACAGCCUCUCCCGCCCGUGCAAUUGACCCCGAAACAAGACUCGCACCAAGUGAGCCCCGUGGGUGUCUAUCAUACGCCUUCUGCCAUGUCUGCAGAUCAUUGCAUGGUUUCCUCUCAUGAAGCUGUCGCGUCGCUACUUGAUCUGCGCUCUGGUUUCGACGGAUCCAGCUAUUUGAGAAAUGGUCCUCAACUCAAGCGACUUGAAGACGUUAUUGUUCCGACGGAUAGGGUAACGGAGUUGUUCGAUCUCUUUUUCGUUUUCUACCAUCCAUUUCUCCCUUUCCUUGAUCGUGACAAGCCCCCGGAGGACUACUAUAAUCUCUCGCCUCUACUCUUUUGGACCAUAAUCAGUGUAGGUGCGCGACGAUAUCAGCCCGACACCCACCUCUUAAACUCCCUGGCUGGCCCAGUGAUGCGAUUGGUUUGGAGUACUUUGGCAGAUGUCCCACAAAGUUAUCAUGUGUUGAAGGCACUCUGCCUACUUUGCACAUGGCCGUUUCCCACAAGCAGCACGUCCACAGACCCUACAUUCAUGCUGUGUGGGAUGAUGAUGCAAGUUUCCAUGCAGCUUGGCCUUCAUCGGCCUUCUCAUGUUCAGGAUUUUAGUAAAUUCCGGAUGGAGCUCAUGGAGGGAGAACUGAGAGACAAGGUCCGGACUUGGGCUGUCUGUAACAUUGUCGCCCAACGUGUUGCUACCGGGAAUGGACAACCACCGUCCACGCUAUACGAUUGGACACUGUGCUCAGCGGGGCUGGCGGACACGAAUUUUAAGCUCCCCGAGGUCACCAAGGCUAGACUCGAGAUCGAAAAAUUCUGCAAUAAUGUAAACAAGGCGCUCUACUCGAAUGGGCGGGACCCGGUUGGGUUAUGCAGCGAUAAAGAAAGGUCAACGAUGAUAUCGUUUCUUUCGAAAGAUUUUAAUGAGCUCGAGGAUACCGUGAAACCGCAGCAUGAUCGUAUCACUGACCUCUAUCUUCGCGCUGCCCAUGUCCACCUACACCUUUCAGCCUUCUUCGACGACCCAACUGCCAAAGAUUAUCGUGAGCGUCUUCUGUCCUUGUAUGUCGCGACUACAUCAUUUCUUGAAGCUGCCAUGAAUCUGGAAACAGAGGUUGGCCCGGGAUUGCCCUACACUCCGUAUUACAUAUACCAGAUGAUGGUUGCAGGAGGUUGCACCCUGUUGAAACUGUGCAAGAGCUUUUUCGCGGCCCAUAUCAACAUGGAUUAUGCUAAGGAUCUGUUCAACCGAACUAUAUGGGCUAUCCGGAGGGUUUCCGUAUCCAGCAAUGACCUGCCUGAACGAUUGGCGGAAGUACUGGCCCAAAUGUGGAGACUAGGAGGCACGCCGCCUCAGCGUCCCGCUGGAGGCCAGAAUUCGGACGUUGAUGACUCUCUACGGUUGAAAGUUAGAUGCCGUAUGAGCAUGUCUCUUCUCUUCGAUUCGGUGUGGCGGUGGCGAGAGGAUGCGCGGACUAAGGGCAGAAACAUUGAAGCCUACCUUAGAAAUCCGACCAACCCAGACUAUGAUUCUUCGUCGGCUUCUUCUGUUGCCGCUGCCGCGCGCACAGGAAAUUCUACUCCCGGGGUUGUAGGGCGAGACCCAAGUCUGGCACCUACGCCGGUGCUACCGCAGGCCAGCCUUACAAUACAAGCGUCGACGGAAGGAGUUGGUGCUCCUAUAUCGAACAGCUUCAUAGAACCCAAUUAUGAAGUUUUCGACCCAUUAAAUUGGCUACUGGAUGGACUGGUUGAUUUCCCGCUUUCGUACCCGACAGUUGGAAUGGAGGCGCAAGGAAUGGUAUAGAUAUCUAAUGCUCAGCUUCUUUCUAGUUGCGUUAAUAAGCUUUUACGGCCUCGUCAUGAGCGGAAUUCUUCUUCUUUGCAGCAUAUAUGGAGGUUUUCCUGAUUUCACUGUUACUUAUGGGCUGGGAUUGACAACCGUGAUGCCUUCUGGGAUUUGAUUUGGCAGGCGUCACGGAUAUUCCCUUGAUGAAUCAAUCUCUUGUUUCUAAUGAAUAAUGUGGCUUGAGCGUGUCCUAUCUGUCCUUGUUUUGUAACGAGUCUGAAUCUAUAGCAUCUGUCGCUAAUAACUAGACAAUGAAUAGCAUUAUAA